CGAGUUCCAGCCCCUUUGCGCGCGUCUGUCUUCGCACUCCAGUUCUAUUCGGUUCACCAUGGAUCCCAACUGCUCCUGUGCUACCGAUGGACCCUGCGCCUGCGCCGGCUCCUGCAAAUGCAAAGAGUGCAAGUGCACCUCCUGUAAGAAGAGCUGCUGCUCCUGCUGCCCUGUGGGCUGUGCCAAGUGUGCCCAGGGCUGUGUCUGCAAAGAGGCAUCUGACAAGUGCAGCUGCUGUGCCUGAUGUGGGGAAAAUCCUGCUCCCACGUGUGAAUACUACUCACUGUACAAACCCUUGUUUUUGUUUUUUACAAUCCUGACCCGUUUGGUACAUUCCUUUCUGUGAAGUAUGUGACUGAUAAUAAAAACUGUUGG